AUGCAGCAGCAGGAUGAAAAGGAGAAACGGCGGAGAUGUCGCAGAAGAAUGCGGGAGGAGUCGUCGGUGAAUGAGUUCGAUGCAAAACCCUCUUCGACAAUACCGUUGACAACGGCUCUGGUAUCCUCGGAACUCCGGCAUGAACUGCAGCACAUUUGGAAUGUUGCAAGGACGCAGGACGAUGUUGCACCGGAGGCUCCUGCGGACGAGCGUGGUGCAGAAAAGGCGGUUGAUGUGCCUCCCUUCAAAGUGGGGACUAUGGAGAUGUACAGGCGCUUUCCAAAGCAGUACGACCUUUUAAUGCGCCGUCAUGACUGCCGUGCGGUGCAGGAGUAUCUUGACAGUCUCGUGUUGAGUUUGCAGCAGCCACCACCACCACCCGCCUCCGAUGGUGAAGAAAAAUGCGUAGGUGCUGCAGAUGCGAAGCGGGAUGUGCGGGUGGCAGAUUUUGGUUGCGGUACGGGGCGCAUUGCAAGCAUGCUUUGUCGGCACCCCGCCGUCAGUGCGGUGUACUGCUAUGAUAGCGAGACGCCGAUGCUGCGAGAAUGUCUGACCAAUGUUGUACGCUCCGUUGCUGAGGCACGGCGGGAGACGUACGGGGUCUGCAUCUGCCCACGUGCUACUGCCCGCGUUGAUGGUAAUGAUGAGGAUACUAAUGUUAACACGCUGGAAACGAGUGCUGCCGCGGUGUGUGUGGGCAGUACUGGUGCAACUGCACAGUCGCCUGGUACCAUGCUGCUGUGUGUUCGCCCCGUCAGCUUUGGAGAUGUGCAAAGCGGGUUUCUCUCAACGCACCCGUCUUGUCACCUUGUGGUGUGUGCGUGGUCGCUCUCCUACGUGAUGCGUGCACAAUGGGGCGGGGAUCGCUGGCACGCAGCCGUCGACGCGACCCUCGCAGGCCUCAUUGGGCUGCUUGACACCUCCGGUGCGGCGGCGCUCGUCAUCAUUGAGACACUUGGAACGGAUUCCAUAGAGCCGCGGCGGAACAAUACCCUGCCGCAGCGCCUUGAAUCCGAAUACGGAUUCGAACAGCGAUGGGUGCGCACGGAUUACAAAUUUCGCGACGUAGCAGAGGCAGUGUCACUUACACGCUUCUUCUUUGGCGAGUCGAUGGCACGUCGCAUGGCGGAGGGGGAACGAACCGUCCUGCCAGAGUGUACAGGUAUAUGGACACUUUGGAGAAGGUGA